AUGUUUCGACACGAGGGUGUCGUCCGUCGUCUCCGCGAGUGGGAAGCGCCAUUCGAGGUGUUUGCUGCGCGGACAGUGCGCCCGCAGCGACGAACGCAGUGUGACGGCCCGUUGUUGCUGCGCGUUCCGCGUGUGUGGCUGGAUCGCGUGGACGAGGGCGGCGGUGCAUCGCGCAGAGACGGCCACGUUCGAGGGGACAGGGACGGCGGCGUUCGAGGGGACAGGAACGGCGGACGUGGGUGCCCGUCGACGCACGAUCCCGGGCCGUCGUUGCUGCGCGUUCCGCAUGUAUGGCUGGAUCGCGUGGACGAGGGCGGCGGUGCGUGGUGCAGAGACGGCGACGUUCGAGGGGACUGGGAUGGCGGCGUUCAAGUAGACUCGGACGGCGAACGUGCAUGCCCGUCGACGCACUAUCCCGGGCCGUUGUUGCUGCGCGUUCCGCGCGUGUGGCUGGCCCCCGCGGACGAGGACGGCGGGCUUCGAGUGGAAUGGGACGGAGGUGUGUGGCCGUCAACCUACGCGCCGGCGGGUCGUCGCUCCGCGUUCCCUGCGUUGGCGUCGGAUCUUCUAGAGGUCGUUAGCACCGUUUAA